GGAGGUGUCUGGAAGGCCUUAUGGGAGCAGCACAUGAACCAAGCAUUUUGUGUCUCAGACUGCAGUUUUUAAUAAUCUCUUGAAAUAGUUCCACAAUUAUAGAAAACUGUUAUUUGACCUUCUGCACCACAGAUCAUUCCAUUUAAUAAUGUUCUUUCAGAUUCUCUGGGCCACGCUUACACUACUUCAUGUUGUGAAUACUGCCAAGGCCACUUCCCACUGAGCAGUGCUGGGGUCAGAGGGACAUGCUGCAGGUUUGGCCAUGGAGGGAAGGGCUGGGGUUUGUGUUAAUUCAGGUGUGUGGGCAGUGUGAAUGUGGCCCCCGAAAAUACCUCUAAUGUGAAAAUACUUGAUACCUCCAUGUUUUAAAUUUUAGCUGCUUCUCCCUCCAAACUUUUGCCCCUUUGUGAAUUAAUCAAAUCAUAACUGGGAGGCUUUGCAUCCAUCCCAACAACUCAACAUCAUAGAUUGGUCCAGGAAGGAGAGUACAAAAGGAGCUGGUCUGCCUCUGUUCUGGCCCUUGAUGCCAUCUCAUAGUGUAGAUGAGUCCUGUGUAGAGUCAACAUAAAAUCAAGAUAAGAAACACUUAAUUGGUGUCUUUGCAAGUCUCAGGGGCAAAGUACAGUACAUUAAAUCAGAGAUAUGUCCUGCUACUUUAACAAGAAUUUUGGAUACAGAGUAAUCAAUAAAUGCCAAAUUCAAGUCACUUGUGUCACGGAGCAUGUUAACCCACACGUGAGCUCCAGGAAUGCAGUGGGAUUAUUCAUUGGUAAGGUAUUUUAGGAAGUAAAGAUAUUAGAUCUGCCCACUGAGUGAGGAGUCUUAGAGAAAUCCUGAGGCAGCUUGAGGGAUAAAGUACUGCUCAAUUAGCUCUGAGCAUCUCUACAUGCUGCAGCAAUUUCCUGGAGGAGAGUCACAACAGGAUCGUUCAGUGGCACUUUCCUAACUUGCUAAGGCCACCUUCAGUAAGUUGUCCCCUGCAGAUGCUGAUCAAUAUUCAGCUUUCAGUUCAUGUCACCCUUCCAACAUCAGCUUUUGCCUGUUCAGGGCUAUAACCAGCACCUGACCAUGCUGUGAUGAUACCUAUUGAUCAUUUAAUCUAUGAUUUCAUGUAAAAGUCACCCUGGACUUCCUGGUUCCACUUUCAGUUCCACUUGAAAAGUGCACUUUACUCCCUCAGCUCUGAGAAAUGUGAGUUGAACUGGAGUCUCUUGGUCAGGGGCAGCAGGGAAUUGCUGUGUCCUAAAUCUCUGAAAUAAUGCAAAGUGCCCCUGCUUCAUCUAGGGCUAACAAGAGAGAUUUCAAGACUUAAUCCAGGACAGUUGUUCUAAUGAGGAAAUACCAUCAUGUCUGUUUAACAGAUCAACCUGUUCUCUUUAUCACUUGUCUUCAUGUGACUUUCCUCCUCAAAUGCACCUUUGAUCCAACUGGGAAAUUGAUCUUUUAUCUGUUGCGUGAGAAUUUCUCUGAAUUAAUCCUUUCCCACUUGAAUCUCUCUCUCCACUUUACCUGUAAUGUCCACUUUCUGUUGAAGUCUUCCUAAGUGAACUCAGCUUCAGUGUUGGGGUUUCUUGUUCUUUCACAGCUGGAUUCCCCAUUCUUUGCUCCAGAGCACAGGACAGACCCACUGCUGGCAAACUCUCCCCUGCUCUGGAUCCCCCUGCUCAGUCCUUUGUCCUCUUAUUCUGUCAUGCCAAUUGUGCCACUUUGUUCCUUUUAUCACCUCUACUAAAUGUCUUGUCAAUCUGCCAAUCUGCCCAGAAAUCUUUCAUCCAAUGAUUUCCUCCUUGGCAGUUUCUGAUUCAUCUUUCUCUCUGUUCCUCUACCUUCACUUAGGGUGAAAAAAUUUCAUUAGACAUUUCAAAACAAUCAAAACAGCCUCAGUUACCCAGUGAAAUGGAAAAUCAGAACAGAGCCGUCCCACUUUGCUGCAGUCCCAGCUCUCUCCUGCCAAUGAGCAUAUUAAUGAGAUUUCAGUAUCAAGCAAGAGCCAAACAGAAAUGAGUUUCAUACCCUGGAUGCAGAUUCAGCGAGCACUGACUGGAGACGGAACUCUGUGUACCCAGAAAGAAAAUACGUGAAAAACUGCAGCAAUCCCUCCAGUCAGGAUUCCAUCUUUAUGAUUCAACACAAAGCAGGCCAUGUCGGUUCUUCCAGAUCUUCACCUGCAUUAUGUGCAGACCUGUCAAAAUUUGAGCCAGCCUGAAAACCCCUUCAUUGCUCGUGUGCUUCAAGAAGCUGAUAAAAAUGAUGAAAUAAGUACAAAAGGAAUCACAUUAAAAUUAGCUGGAAAUAAUCAUCUGGUGCCUGUGCCGAGAGUGACAGAUGGCGAUCUUGGAGUUCUUGUCUCUGUCUUAGGCCAAGCUGCCUUUGUCACAGGCUUGGAUCUUGCCUAUAAUUUAUUGACUGAUGCUGGAGCAAAGACCAUGGCAACAUUCCUCCAGGAAAACUCCACUCUGCGGUACCUGAACCUGAUGUUCAAUGACAUUGGCACAAGUGGGGCAGAGCUGAUAGCAGGAGCACUCUAUAGCAAUCAAAGUCUUGUGCAUCUGAGAAUGACUGGAAACAAAAUAGGAAACCAAGGUGGGAUGUUCUUUGCUUCAAUGCUAAAAAUUAACUCGACCUUAGAGAAGUUGGAUCUUGGAGACUGUGAUGUGGGCCUGCAGUGUCUGACAGCAACAGCCAUAGCCCUGACUCAAAACAAAUCACUCAAAGCCAUAAACCUAAAUCGUCCUUUGCUAUCCAGCCAACAGGAAGAGUCCACAGUUCAUAUAGCUCGGAUGUUGAGGAGUAAUUCUUCUCUUGUGGAACUACACUUGGGCAAGCAUGAAAUGAAAAGCUUUGGUGUAGAGCAACUGUGUGAAGCCCUGUAUGGAAACUCCAGCCUGAAAUACCUUGACCUUAGCUGUAAUAACAUAAUCUGUGAUGGAGUUAAAUUUUUGGGAAAGCUACUAAAAAAGAACCAAACCUUGGAGAUCCUGGAUCUUAAUGCAAACCGAAUAGAAGAUGAUGGAGCCAUUUACCUGAGUGAGGCCUUGUCAACGUGGAACAGGAGUCUGCAGGUGUUGUCUGUUGUAAGCAACAAUAUAACUGGCAAAGGACUUUUAGCUCUUGCACAUGCAAUACAAUCCAACAUGAAACUUUCCCAUAUUUACAUCUGGGGCAACAAAUUUGAUAAAAGCACCCGUGUGGUAUUCUCGGAGCUGAUUGGGAUGGGCCGCCUGGAGCAGGGCUGCACAGACGUGGCUCCCUACGAGGUGGAUGGCGAGGUUUUCCUGGCAGAGAUGUCCCAUGGGCUGGGCAAACACCGCUACUGGGCCCCACGCUGCGCCACCGUGGCCCCCAACGCCGCCAACGCCAGCCUGGCAAUCCUCCCCGUCUCGGAGUAUUUGUGAGUGAGGCAGCAUCCCUGCACCUGAGCUUUCCCUACUUGGGGUCUAGUAAAAUAGUUUAUAUAAGUAUCAGACUUGCUGCAUGAUGUUUCUUUGGGGUAUGAGUCUAGGAGGAAUCUACCUCUGCUUGAAAUGGCAACAGAGAGAAAAUAUCAAAGAAAUUACCUCAAAAUUUGUUGCUAAAUAGUGCUCCAUCUAUUAAAAGUCUGUAACUAUGGUAAGGUUUGUACCCAGGCAGAGCACACAGACAAAAGCAACAUCCAGGACUGCUGCUGGGCAGCAGAUCAGGUAUCCUGCAAUCAGAUUCCUGCUGAAGCUGAGAGCUUUGGGUAAAUCCAUUUGUUAGAGCUGUUCUCCCUGUUCUCUUUCAUUUUCCUUAUCAAUUACAUCCUUUUGAUCUUCCAGUAGUGACUUCUUUUAAACCAAGGUAAGUGAACUUGAGCAUUAAGCCACAGCCAUGCCAGAAUUUAAAGCUGGUGAACCCAGUUUGCUGGGAUAUACACAGAAUUUUGAUUAAAUUGUAGCACAUACUUGUUUCUUCUACUACAAAUAGAAACCACCACCAAAUCUGGUGCAAUCAUUUCUUCUCAUCUCAUGAAAACUCCCUAAAAACAUUUGUAUCAUUAUAUCCCUGUGGCAAUUCCUACAUGAGUAAGACAACAUAUGCAUGUAAUAGUAGUUAAACAUUGUUUAACUGUUUGGACAGACUUUGUAUAAGUUUGGGAAUCACUCUGCUACUUUCCUUUUUGCAUUCAUUCUGCACAUUCCUGCAGAAGUGACUUAACUUAUGCUCCUAAACAGAAAAAGUCACCAAAUGGAACAUCAGAGGUUUGCUCCAAGCCUUUCCUUAAUGCAACCUUUUGUCCCUCUAAAUGUGCCUGUUAAAUAUUAGCAUAAAGUAGCAGAAUAAUCUGUGACUCUACGUACAAGAUCAAAGCAUGAGGGGAAAAAUAUAAGAAAGUAA